GUUCGCGCCAUUUUAAGAUAAACUAUUUUGAACUUUGAAUGAUAAUUCCAGAUCAACGGAUCACGGUUUGUUACUGAAAGAUUAGAUUGGUAUUAAGAAGUUUUCCUGUGCAAUUACUAUUCUGUGUGUUAAAAGUGAUAUUGCCAUGGAAGAUCUUUCCUAUGUAAAGCCUGCAGAGCCUAUUUCCCGUUUUGGAAAAGAUGUUCAUGAAAGAGGUGAUAGAAUUCCGAAAAGAUUCAGUUUUUCAACUGAUGAGAAACUGGAUGAUGCAAUUCAGGUUUAUCUUCGUCUGAAACCCGACACUGAAUUCUCCAAAGAUGGCUUUUUAUCACUUUCUGAAGAGGAAAAAAAUUCUCUACUUCUCAAAAAGAAAUCCUCAGUUUCAAAAUUUUCAUUUUCAUACAUUUUCAAACCGAGUGCUUCACAGGAAGAAGUUUUUUUAAAAAGUACCGAGGAUAAUCUUCAAGAUUUCCUGAAUGGAAAAAAUGCUUUUAUUUUCACAUAUGGUACAUCUAGUUCUGGAAAGACAUUUACUAUUCAAGGAACUAAAAACAACCCUGGCCUUAUCCCUAGAAUUAUUGCUACCAUAUUUGCUUCCCUUGAAAAUGCUAUUGAUGAGUCUUAUCGUUAUUGUCCAGAACGAUCAGUAUCAGUUGUUGAACUAACUGAAAAUGAAAUGUUUGAAAAAUUUCUUUUGAAGGAAAAAUGCUUAACUUGGGCUAAAAAACUGGUACAGCAGCACUUACAGAAAAAUGAUGAUAUUCUUUCUUUUGAAGAAAUAGAAUUGUUAUACAAAAAAUCAAAAAAAUUGGUUGUUGAUAAAGAUGACUGUGUUUUUUCUAUAUGGUUUUCAUUUGCUGAAAUUUACAAUGAAAAAAUUUAUGAUUUGUUUGAUAUGCACAAAGAUGUGAGGAACCCUUUACAACUUUCAACUGAUUUGGACAAAUGUGUUUUUAUAAAAGGACUACAACAUAUACAUGUCACAACAUUGGAAGAAGCCUACUUUCUAUACUACUAUGGUUGUUACAAUCGCAGUGUUAGUUUUACUUCCUUAAAUGAGAGAUCUUCUCGAUCACACUCUAUAUUUACGGUAAAAAUUCUUGGCCGACAGAAGGAUAGUAAUGAUAAUUGCUUCAUUACUUCAAGUUUUUCAGUUUGUGAUUUAGCUGGUACUGAGCGAUUUAGUAAAACCCGAAACCAUGGAUCUCGUAUGAAGGAAUCUCAGAGUAUUAAUUCUUCUUUUUUAGUUUUGAAUAGAUGCUUAAAAAUUAUACGUGAGAAUCAAUUACGUGAUUUUAAACAAGUUGUUCCGUAUCGUGAAUCAAAGCUUACCCAGUUAAUGGGCACGUCUUUCACAACUCGAGACACAAAUCUUGUUAUGAUUGUAACAGUAGCUCAGUCUCAGAACUUGAUGGAUGAAACAGAAACAAGCUUAAAAUCUUCAGCGAUAGCUACAGAAAUCAAAGCUAUGAUUGAAACACCUGUCAAGAAAAAAAAGAAAAUGAGGUUUUCAUCUGCUUUUUCUCAUCUGAACCCAGGACGUGGUGUCAACUGGAAUGAAAUUGUAUCCUGCAACAGAAAUAUUAUUCCAUCAUCUCUUCCUAUGCAGGAUGGUAAUUUAGAACUAUUAAAAACAUUAGAGAAAGAAAAAAAACAGCGACAAGAAGCAGAAACAAAAUUAAUUGAGUUGGAGAAAGCGCACAGAGUAGAAAUUGAGAGUCUAAUUGGAGAACAUAAAUACUUGAGUGAUCAACGGGAUACAGAAUCAGUGAGAGAUAAAGAAUUAGAAGCAUCUAAAGUUCAACAACAUGAACAAGAAUUAGCAUCAUUGAAAAAGCAACAUGAAAUACUUUAUGAAAAGUAUAUGAAUUCAAGAGCUGAUUUUUUAAGCUUGCAGAAAAAACUCCGUUUAUUGAGAGAUGAUUAUGAACAGCUCAAAGCUAAACAUGAAGGAUUAGAAUCAACUUGUGAGGAGUUAGAAGAUAUGUUGGAUGAUGCUAAAGAAGAAGUAGAAGAACUACAAAAAGAAAAUAAGGAACUAAACGAAGCAAUAAUAGCAAAGGACGAAGAUUUAGUCCUCAAAGACGAAAGAAUUAGUGUUUUAGAGCUGGAAGUUGAACAACUUGAAGAUAAUCUUCAAGAUAAUGCUGAAGAAAGAGAUGUAUAUGAUAAACUUGUCAAAGCCUUAGAAGACAGUCUUCGUAAUAAGGAAGAUGAAAUAAAAGAAUUGAACGACAAACUUGUGACACAAUCCAGGAGUUAUGAAGAUGAAAUCAACUUAUUGAAGAAGAAAUUAGAGGGACAACCGUACAGAGAAUCUAGGCGAGUUAAAGAAACAAAUGCCCCCAUUAUCAGAAUUCAGGAUAAUUCAUUUUCUGAUGAUGAUAAUCGGCGAACACCUUAUAUUAGAAGAAGUAGGAGUGCAGGAUAUCGUAAUUCAUUUAAUGAUAGUGAUGAUCCAUCAUUUUUAAUACCAGUACGCAGAAAAAUUUGCACUUCUAAAAAGAAGAAAAGAAGGCAGGCUAAAGAUCUAGAAAGUUCAUAUUAUUUUGAUGGUAAAUCUGAUUCAGCUUCUACCUCCAUGGGUAAAUCUGAUUCAGCUUCUAUUUCCAGAGGCCAAUCUGCUCGAAGGGUUUUAUAUAAAAAAACUUCCGAAGAGGAUCUUGGUGAACCUCCUGAUACUUUGAUUGGAGAUUCUACCCAGGAUUCACCAAACACAAUUUUCAGAACUCUCAGGACAGGUAAAAAAUAUUGAAGCUUUUAUAGGAGCAGUUGAAGAUGUAUAAUAUAUGUAAAUACUAAGUUAUUUUUGUAAUUGUAAAUAAUGUAAAUAAAAUUAAAAGCGAUGAUAAAAUAAAGUUAUUUUUUCACUA